AUGUCGAAUACAACAAUGAUAUCAACAGUAGCUGUAACUCUCAAUUUUAUUUCACUCAUUGGAGCUAUAUUUGUCGGUCUCAUAUGCAUAUUUAUGCUUGGUGUACUCUUAUCAUCAAUUAUACGCAAGCAUGAUUUAGUUUUAAUUUUGGUUGCUAAUAAUUAUUUAGCAUUAUUAGUCUUUGCACUUAUAGCUAUACCAGGCAAUUUUGACAUGUUUCGAGGUGAUUAUAAUUUGUAUAUUGGUAUGGAAACAUUUAGUUGUCGUAUUAGAGGAUAUAUGAUUUAUUCAUCACUGGCUGUCAUUUUUCAUAGUUUUCUGUUACAGGCUGCUUUUCGCUUCUUUCGUGUUGUCUAUCCUUCUCAUGUUUGGCUACAACAUGGUCUUACUUAUGCCUUGAUUAUUCCUAUUUUGUGGCUCAUCUCGUUUCUUUUUAUUCUACCGAUUCAUGUGUGGCAUGAUAUACGAUUUAUAUCUAUGGAAAAUGUCUGCUUACUACCUAUUCAUAGUACUCGUGGGCUCGUUUUUUCUAAUCUAAUUAUUUAUGGUAUACCAAUUAUUAUCAUCAAUAUUAUUUAUAUACAGCUGACAUGUUUUAUUCGUCGAUCCUCUAAAGUCGUUUCAGCACGAGCUAAACGUGAUGUGAUUGUAGUGCGUCGAAUUAUACUUGUUGUAUGUAUAUUAAUACUGAUGGUUGUUCCUUAUGUUGUACUGAAGCUAAUGUUACCUUUUACUGAUGUAGGCAAACCAUUAUUUUAUCGCAUUCAGAAUAUCACAACAAUGACUGGUUUGAUCAUUCUUAGUUUUAUGCUCGUUUAUGUCACUCCUCAACUGAAAGUACUUAUUGCUCUUCAAAAGUCAACUACAGUAACAUCUACAAGCGCACAACAACAUUGUAUUUUAUUUACCAAGUCAUCAAAUAUUAACACUACAAACCAAGAACAAUUAUCAUGA